GGGUUCCGCCAUGGGGAACGUGCCGUCGGCCGUGAAGCACUGCCUGAGCUACCAGCAGCUUCUCCGCGAGCAUCUGUGGAUCGGAGACUCGGUGGCAGGGGCGCUCGACUCGGCGCAGGACUCAUCCCAAUUUUCAGGACUCCCUGAGUAUGUGAAAAUCAUAGAAGUUGGACCGAGGGAUGGAUUGCAGAAUGAAAAGAUUAUAGUUCCUACUGAUAUAAAAAUUGAAUUUAUCAAUCAACUUUCCAAAACCGGCUUGUCUGUAAUAGAAGUAACCAGCUUUGUGUCUUCCAGAUGGGUACCACAGAUGGCUGACCACACCGAAGUGAUGAAAGGCAUCCAGAGAUAUCCAGGCGUUCGCUACCCUGUCCUCACUCCUAAUCUUCAGGGUUUUCACUGUGCUGUGGCUGCUGGAGCCACUGAGAUAUCAGUUUUUGGAGCUGCUUCUGAGUCCUUCAGCAAGAAGAAUAUUAACUGCUCCAUUGAAGAGAGUCUGGAAAGGUUUGAGGAAGUUGUCAAGUCUGCAAGACACAUGAAUAUCCCGGCACGAGGAUAUGUGUCUUGUGCCUUGGGCUGCCCAUAUGAAGGAAGCAUCACACCACAAAAAGUGACAGAAGUGUCUAAAAGACUGUAUAGCAUGGGCUGCUAUGAGAUCUCUCUAGGAGACACGAUUGGAGUGGGGACUCCAGGAAGCAUGAAGAGGAUGCUGGAAAGUGUCAUGAAAGAAAUCCCAGCAGGCGCACUUGCUGUUCACUGUCAUGACACAUACGGACAAGCCUUGGCAAACAUCCUGACCGCCCUGCAGAUGGGAAUCAAUGCGGUGGACUCGUCAGUGUCUGGAUUGGGUGGUUGUCCUUAUGCUAAAAAUGCUUCUGGGAAUGUUGCCACAGAGGACUUGAUAUACAUGCUUCACGGCCUUGGGCUCAAGACAGGUGUGAAUCUCUACAAAGUGAUGGAAGCCGGUGACUUUAUCUGCAAGGCUGUAAAUAAAACCACAAACUCUAAAGUAGCACAAGCCUCCAUCAGAAAAGCUUGACGGGAAUGGAUUUAUGACAUCUGAUGGAGAAGAUUCAGUUCAUCUACAGAGAUCCAUCUGAAAAUAAUUAAUGCCAACCUGUUCUGAAAUGUCAAGUAAUAGACAAGAGUGGGGAAAGAAGAGAUUCUUUAAAAAGGAUUAUAACUGGAUAGGCUACGAAGCCAGUGGAAAACAAUCACAGUCAUCAGGUAGAUUGCAAACUGAGGAUAAAUAAUAAAACUUGUGGAUGUCCUUUUGAAUGUGAAAAAAGUCUACUCUUUGCUAUCCUAGAAAUAUCUUUUUAAUUUAGCAGAUGUGAAAAUUGACUUCGGGUUUCUCUAAGUAUCAGAAACUGUGUUAGUACU